AUGCUCGCAUCGCCAGUAAAUCUGCCCAAGUGGCUAGAUGAGAACUCGCACUUGUUGAAACCGCCUGUCAACAACUAUUGUGUCUACAACGAGGACUUCACCGUAAUGAUCGUCGGUGGCCCUAACGCCCGUACCGACUACCAUAUCAACGAGACACCCGAGUGGUUCUACCAGUACAAAGGUGCCAUGGUGCUCAAGGUUGUCGACACGGACGGCAGCUUCCGCGACAUUAUCAUCCGUGAGGGUGACAUGUUCCUGCUGCCAGCAAACACCCCCCACAACCCCGUGCGCUUUGCCGAUACCGUGGGCGUCGUGUUGGAGCAGCGGCGGCCUGCCGCAUCCACGGAUCGGAUGCGUUGGUACUGCGCCCAGCCCCAGUGCCGGGCCAUCGUGCACGAGGCUGCCUUCCACUGCACCGACUUGGGCACACAGAUCAAGUCUGCUGUUGAGGCCUUUAGCAGCGAUACAGAGGCCCGGAUAUGCAAGACGUGCGGCACUUUGGCCGACUGGGCCCCGCCGCUGGGCUCCAUUGCAGAUCCCAACAGGACAUGA